AUGGCCGAUGACAUUGAUUUUGGCAGCUGCCGCUAACUUAGACUUGUGCAAUGAUAUAUACAUCAAGCCACACAUGGAUAACCCUCGAGACGCGUUGUCGAUAACCGUAAAUCUCAACAGCACGCGCCUUUCAUCACUUCUAAAAGCGGUUUCGUAAUGAUGUCAAUCAUUGGCCAAAUCUCGGCCGCCUGAACCGAAACAUGUGCCAAUGCCAUCAAGGGAUUCCUAUAUAUCAGGGGACUGGCUGCGGAUUGGCAGUUACAUAUAUUACAGCGACCUGUCGACCUUUUUGCCAAUGCAUGCUAUGAUCCUAUCACUUCCCCCCGAGCUGCUGCACCAGAUAUUCCAAAAGCUCCAAAUCUCUGACCUGAAACGCCUACGGUCUACAUGCAAGCGUUUCAGCGCAGUCGCUACGCCAUUUGUUUUCUCCAGUCUGAAAAUCGACACCGACAGCUAUCAGUUUCGCAAGUAUUCGUCGAUCCUCAAAGCUAUCGCCUCUGGUCGAAGCGAUGUCGCGAGACACGUCCAGACUCUCACUAUACUAUCCCUGACGCCACCGCGGUACAAGCGUCUCAGGCUGUGGCAACGAAUCAUGAAGCGCAAGCAGCGCGUGUAUAAGGCGUUUGAAAGCAACUUUCUUCGUGCAGUAACAAAGUUUACAGCGGUGACAUCGCUCUACUUUGAUAUGCACACCAUCCAACCUUCGUCUGCCGACAAGAUCAUGCGCUCACUGGGAGCCCUUCCUCGCUUGUCGCAACUAUCCGUUCACAUGUACCAUGACGUCGACCCCAGCAUCUCUCUUUCCUUGUCACGACAUUUCAAGAACCUUAACUCUAUCCAUUUGUGUGGUCUCCGGCUCUGCUAUAACGACGCGCCCUCCACCAUCAUCGCGAACAGCCCGGCCCUCACGGAACUGACUCUUGACGGAACCUCUGAACUUAACUCUGACAAGAGCGCGACGAUGGACAACCUCUUCUCCAAGCUUCCUUCAGGAACGGCCCUCCCGUUGCAGAGCCUCACCAUAGGCGGCACGAUGCGCUAUCUCCUUGACCCAGCCCCACAGAUCCCUCCCCAUUUCAAAUCCCUUACGUCCCUGGUCAUAACUUCCGAUAUCAUCUCCGUUCCGGCCGAUUUCUGGCGAGCACUCGAGACCGCCCGUAUCCACUUGCAGAAGCUCUCGGUGCGAGAGUUGGACGAGUCGCUCCUGAGCUAUCUCGAGUCCUACGCCGGUCUGAGGGACUUAUCAGCAGAUGAUGCCGCUAAAUCGGAUCUGGCUGCAGACCGGUUCUAUCAUUGCGUGGUACCCAAACAUUCGGGUACCUUGAGGAACGUACGCGUUAACACGGACUUUGAGGGGAAGUGGUGCCUCGGCGACACACAAUUGGAUGAAAUCAUGAGGUGUACCGAUUUAAGAUCUAUUGACUUUUCUGUUGGGUUGGGCCAGGUUGAUGCUUCGUAUGAUGAGAACGUCAUUGUGAGUGUGGUGUUGAUGGUGGAAAAUUAUGGUGUUGACGAGAGAAUAUCUUUUAGACCCGGCUUUUGGAUGGUGCCGCCAGUGGUGUCUUCCCCUUCCUCCGCUAUAUUGGUAUAGCCUUCGCCAACCCGAGGAGUGUUCGCUCCAUCGAUGAUCCAAUCAUCCUGAUGUACGCCGCUCACGGCGUUCACGGUCAUAGACGCAUCAACGAUAUCGUCAGCGAGUUCCAAUGCGAGAAACCGAAU